AUGACACUUCUUGUUAACCAACAGGAAAUUUCCGAUAUUGAUAUAGGGAUGCCAGAGUAUUGGACCUAUAAAAGCGAGGGUGCAAUGAAUGUUGUAUUAUCAUACACUGGACCAUUUAAUGAAAAUUUGAAUGGAUUGGUAUUAAGAGUCAAAAAACAAAGUAAUGGUGGUAGUAAUUUAGAAAAGGAAAUAGAGUUGUUUAAUUUUGUGUCAAAAGUAAUGACACCAUUAUUGGGUGAGAAAUAUGUAUUUUGUGGUUCAAUGAUUAAUAUUACUCAAGAUUUUUUAGAGAAAUUGGAUAGUUUAAUAUUCAAACAAAGACCAAUAACCAGAUCAACUAUUAGACUUGAUACGAAAUUGCCAGUAGCAUUCUUAAUUAUGGAUCUUACAAAAUUAGACAGUUUCAAUAUAUCCAUUGACCAUGAUAGUAUACUUAGAUCGCCAGUAUCACAUAGGUUAACCAGUGAACAAUAUCAAAAACAACAUCCAUCCCACGAUAAAGAAAAAGUAAUCUGUAUUGAAAUUAAACCCAAGUGGGGUUUUUUACCAAGUAACUCAUUAAAGUAUAUGGCCAGCGAAACUAGGGACACCAAAGCAAGUACUUGUAGAUAUUGCAUGCAUCAACAUUUAAAGUUUCAAGAGAAUUCAAUUGGUGAUAUAAGCAACUACUGUCCAAUCGAUCUUUUUAGUGGGGAUCCUAAAAGACAAGAGUAUUCAAUUAAAGAGAUGAUUAAUCAUCCACAGAAUAAUUUAAAAAUUUAUUAUAAUGGUGUAUUAUCAUUUACUGGUUCAUUGGGUGGUGGUGCUGAAAGGGACCAACUAUCAAACUGCAAGAUUUUAUCAAGUUUAUUAUAUGAAAAUGAUAUUAUUAGGGUUUCAUCAAAUGGCCAAGAGGAAGGGGUUGAAAAUAUAGAUAUUCAUUCAACUAUUGAUGCUUUUUCAAAAUUGGUCACAAUAAUACUCAACAGAGAAACCAUACUAUCAAGUAUCAAAAAAGUUCAGUUGUUUGAUGAAUAUGACAUUGAAGGUAUCUAUUACAUUUAUAACAAAUUAAAUGGUAACGAAUCCAAAAACCAAAGUUUAGAUAUUUCAAAAGAGUCACAAGACCAAUUAAAUCAAUUAUCAACCGAUCAAAUGAAGGACAUCAUAAAUAGAUUCAUGAUUUCAUGUACAGCCAAAGAUUGCUCAAUUAUGAUUUCUUUUACAUUAGGUAAAUCAAUUACAUCUAUUCAAGAUCUAAAUACAAAUUUAACAUUUAUAAAUUCACUUGACGAAACAACAAACAAUAAUACCGAUAAUAACAGCAGCAAUAAUACAGUAACUUAUAAAAUUGGUGUGGUUGACUUAGAUACCAAAAAACAAUCAGCAAUCCCAAAAUAUUAUGAAUUGGAUAGGGAAAUUGUAAAAACUUUUAAAAAGUCCAUUAAAUCAAUCAAAUCAUGUAAAUAA